CCGCGGACCAUUCAUCCCUGCCAUUCGCCGAGCACGCGUUAAACGCCGUCGCGCGAGCGCCGCCCCCCCAGUUCCCCCGCUCGCGAGAUUUCCCGCGUGACGGUUGCGUCUCACUAAAAAUUAUACAUCUGUCUAGUUUUUGCGGUCUAUCUCGGAGUUAAUUUUUGUUACUUGUUUAUUUGUUUUUCGUUUUUUUUUUUUUUACCAUCGUUAUUUCAUUAAUAUUAAUAAUAUAUACAGUUUACGACUACUAUUACCACCACCACUGAUACUACUAUAAGACUACUUCUAUUUUGUUACGACUUUUACCAUACUACCACUAUACCAGUACUUCGACCAUCAUACCACGAGCUUCACGACUAUUAUACGUAAUUCAAAUUAAAUAAUAUCGUUGUUAUAUUGGACAGUCGCGAUACGACAACAAUUAUAAACGCCGUCGUCGCUUCGUGGGAAAACGAAAAUUGAACUUCUCAAAGUGUGUUUGUCUGUUUUUUAUAUCGGGUAGUUUUUUUUUUUUAUUUCCGACGCGAUCGGGACCUCAAAGUUAGUUUUAAAUAAAGUCGGUACGAACAAUUUCGUGAUCGCCUUGUGUGCACAUCUAUGAGGACGCGGUUGGGGCCCCGACUGUUGGUCGUGGACCUGAAACCGGUUUCGCACUGGAUGGAAACGGCCUCAGUGCCAUCAACGUCACCAUAACACAGAUUGAAGACGAUUUAGCAACAUAUGUUGGCGCCGGUUCCAAGGUGAAAGACAUGACGGCUGUAAAUACUGGGUUGCCUGGGAUCCGGGUGCCGUUGAAGAGCAGCUAUGCGUCGGCCAUGCCCCAGCAGACGGCGGUGUUCAUGUACAGCACCGCUGGUCCGGACGGACAGACUGUCACCCUACAGCUCCGCGAGACGGACGAGACCAUCGAGCUGCCCGCGUCCAUGCUGUCCAAGAUGUCCCGACAAACGGACACGGCCACGCUGUCCAUCAGCUACCAGGACUCGGCGGAGGUGCUCACCGACGGCACCAUCGACCUGCUUCUGGCCACCACGCCACUCCACUCUUCCGGUGAUGGUCAAAGCACAGAUUCACCCGGUUUCGAGCUCUUCGAUUCGGACAACGGCCACGAUCUCACGCUAUCACCACAAACUUUUACGGCGAAUACCACAGCUGAGUCUUUUCUGGUCAACGACAACUCAAACAGCAUAGGCAUGCCCGUCAAUGAGUCCGACACAGUUGGCAGCUCGGAAGACGUUAAGUCAGCAGAUUUGAGCAAGUUAAAUAUGUCGAGGCGGUCAAAACCGGUGGCGAAAGCUAUGUCUCCCAACAGACAGGGUCCCCAGCAGUGUAUUACCUGCGGGAAAGUGUUUGGGAACGCGUCUGCACUGGCCAAACACAAGUUGACACACAGCGACGAACGGAAGUACGUGUGCAACGUUUGCAGCAAAGCUUUCAAAAGACAAGACCACUUGAACGGACACAUGCUGACGCACCGGCACAAAAAACCGUUCGAGUGCAAGGCCAGCGGAUGCGGCAAGUCGUACUGCGACGCGCGGUCGCUGCGCCGGCACACGGAGAACCAUCACCACCACCGGCCGUCGUCCAAUCAGGGCUCGCCACCCGCGUCGCCGUCCUCGUCCACGAGUUCCGGUUGCAUACAGUACGCGCCCGCGCCCAUGCCGUCGCCGCCCGGCUCGUCCGCGGCCACCACGUCCACCACGGUGGCCGCCGGAGCGCCGACUUCGUCGUCGUCGUCCGCGUCGUCCGCGUCGUCCUCGUCGUCAUCGUCCGCGUCCACCACGGUGGCGUUCGGAUCCAUGUCGGCCAUUUCGGUGUCGACGUCCGCGUCCGCCGCGUCGUCUUCUUCGCCGUCGAUGUCGUCGUCCACGUCGUCGUCGUCGUCGUCGUCCACGACGUCCUCGUCCGUCGCGCCGCACCACCAACAGCAGCAGCCGCACGACGCGACGCCCAGUCAGCUGCAAAAGCUGCUCAGCGCCGAACCGCUGUCAUCGACCGGCGGCGGAGGAGGAGCACUCCCGUCAAAGAGUGGCCAAUCGGAAACGAGAAAUGCGGCAGACAGCGAAGACAGUUUUACUAAACAGCAGUUUGACAUUAUUCAACAGAUUAUGCAUCACACCCAACAGCAAAUAGCGACGUCGACUGUCUCGAAAAAUUCGAACCUCAAGAAUUCGACAAACGCAAAAAAUUGGAACAGUCAACAGACCUCGAACGGCGCAACAGACUCGGCAAACAACAAACAACAGCACUCGCAGCCCGCUGCCGUUGCAGUGCAACCCAAGCCGGAACAAAAGCCCGUGGAAUGUAACCUGUGCCAUCGAAAAUUUAAAAACGUACCGGCUCUAAAUGGACACAUGAGGCUGCACGGAGGAUACUUCAAAAAGGAAACUGAUUCAAAAAAAUGGGAGAAAAAAGAAGCAUCGGGUCCACCCCUGCAGACUGCCAGCAUGAGUGUCAGGGCUUUGAUCGAAGAAAAAAUCAUACAAAAAAGAACCACGAAACCAAAUUGUUCAACUCAAAACGGACUAACAUAUUCAAGCAUGAACCGAGAGAAGGAAACGGUGGUACAGCAAGUGGUGAGCAGAAGCACGGCGGUACACGCGGUUAUGACCACCAGCGGUACGUCGUUCGCGGUACCAGCGGUGCCAAACAACGCCUCGCUGGUGGACACGACAGUGGGCUUGGCCGACUCCACGGCCGUAGUGUACACGGACGUGAUACUCAAAAAGACCGGCGUGAAGAGGGCGUGCUCGGAUCCCGGAUACCAGUUCAAUCACAGCAGCACCACCAGCCCGCAAAUAGAUAUUAAUUACUCCGGUUCGCCGUACACACUGAAUCAAGGAAACGGUGGAGGCGGUGGAGGCGGUGGAGGCGGCGGAGGCGGCGGCGGCGGCGGCGAAAAGGAAACCGAUAACCGGGGCUAUUAUUCGCCGGGGCUCAACGACGAUAUAUUUCCCAACGUACAAGCCGAAACCAUGCUCCUGCAGGCCGUCGACUCCGUGCAGCUGGCCAACACGAUACAGGCUACGGACAUGCAAGACAUGUCAUGUUUAGAUGAUUAUGAUGGUAUGACCGAUCUUCAAAACAACGAAGAUUUCCAAGCUGUGUUAAAUUCUCCACUCUCGGCCAGCUUGGCUGAUCUCGCUUACAGUUCAGGACAAACCAUGUUUACAGAUUUAGGUAGAUCACCUCUUCCAUCCCCAAGUUUUACCUACCCUACUCCACCGGCUAGUCAAGAGGGUCAAUCUCCUUCGCUAAAUUUUCAUUCGGUUAUGUCAAACGGUCACCUUGGUGACUUUUUUUAUUCAUCCGACAUGUCAAGUUCAGAAGCUGUUGAAGCUGCGUUAAGUGAAGUUUUGCCAAAUUUCGAGUCCUCUACGGAUUCACCGUUAUCAGCUAAUACACCAGUGUCAUCGCCGAUGUCAAUCCAUAAUUCAUCCGCUGCACAGUCACCAUUACCAAACCACCAUCAACACACACUACAGGUAAUGAUGCCAAAUUCAGAAGACCCGUUAUUAUCCAGCAAUCCUAAAGAAUUUAGGAAGAAAUUCGAUUACCAAACAUGUCGCUUAUAUGGGGUCAAUGGAACCAUGGCUCAAGUAAUCGAUGGCAGUCAGUUUUUAAUCGACAAAAAUGGAGAUUUGAAAUUAGUCCAAGCAAGUUACCAAAAUCCUGGAACAAUGUUCGUCCAAACAGAAGCCCAGUUGAUCGAAAAACAUAUACCAGUUAUCAAACAACAAAAACCAGACAAUAACCAGAACUUUGAAGAUAUAGAUGACAUUUUCCUUAAUCCAUCAAGUAUUCCUCCUAAUAUUACAAAUCGAUUAAACAGAAAACGCUGUUUUGGAGAAACUAUUACGUACAAACCGUUCCGAUCCAGAUUACGUAGUCAUAGACUCGGGAUGUUAAAUGAACCAACCUUGCAAUUUACUCCGAAACCAAUGUUGAGUCCUUCUAGAAAUGGAAGAGGUCUUUAUUGGCAAGCAGUGACUUCGUGGCCAAGCUCUUCAACUGUCAAAGAGGUUAUUGUUGAAGACUGUGUAGGACUAGAUUCACCACCAGAGUGUGAUGUACUGCCACACAUUAAUCUUGGUCCAAAUUUCCAAGCUUUAAUACCACCAUUAAGCAAAAUCAGACCAAUUCGAGAGCCGUCUAAUGAUUACUUAUUAUGGGACCCUUGUAUUACAAGUUCAGUUUCUGAUCGAGAAGUUGAAAUGUACAUGGACUUUGCAUGCUGCGCCGCAGUGCCAGGUGGUGGAAGAAACAAAGAAUAUGCUUUACAUUUGCUACAUCUUUGCAAAGGAAACGUUCAAGAAGCAAUGUUAAAGUUGAUGCAACCAACGCCUUAUCUCCCACAAGGACAUCCUUUGAUGAAAUUUGAAUACACGGAAUCUGAUCACUGGACACCAAAUGAAGUAUCUAUGUUUCACAAAGCUAUAUUCAAAUAUGACAAAGAUUUCGCAUUUAUAUCGAAAGAGUUGGGCACGAAGACUAUGAAACAAUGCAUACAGUUUUAUUAUUUGUGGAAAAAAGUUUGCCCGGAAGAUUAUAAACAGUUUCAAUUCCAAAGACGAAAGUCGAGGAAUGAAGAUGCAAUGGUCAAUCCGAAAAUAGACAUUCCUGCUAACGACCUUAUGGUCACCACCAGUUCGGAGGACCAACAAACUUUCGUUUGCGAAUUCUCAGACUGUUUGUCGACAUUCAGUAACAAAAUAGGAUUAGCAGCUCAUAUGAGGCUACACACUAACGGAACACCAGAUCGAAGGCAAACCCUGACACCAACACAAAUUGAUCCGAAUUAUGAAGAAUUCCCUUGCAAGAUCUGUGGAAAGAUAUUUACCAAAGUGAAGAGUCGAAGUGCCCAUAUGAAAUCGCACCGACCUCCUGACGCGGAACCAAAGAAACCAAAAUUGGACCAAAAUGUCGACUACGGUCAAAUGAUGCAACUCAAGACGGUCGCAACGCCAAUUCAAUUGCAUAGACAAUGCUAAGUGAACGCAAGGCCACAUUCAAAAUAAAGCUCAAUUUUAAACGGAGCUCGUACAAUCAAUUAAAACGUGUUUUCGGGGUUUUUACUCAAAAAAAUGUCCAAGCAAUAUACAUAAAUAUAAUAUUAAUAAUAAUAUAUACACGCGCAUACAAACAUGCGAAUGUGUGUGAGUGUGUGUGUGUGUGUGUGUGUGUACUUAUCACUAAAAAUACUACUGUGCAAAAGUUCUUCCUCGAUGAAUUCUAUAGCAUUUACAUAAGCAAUAAUCGUCAUGUCUUGGACAAUAAUAAAAAUUCAUACAAUAAAUUGUGCCAAUCAAAAUCACGCUAGAAUCAAAAUGCUCAGUACGAAACAUUACAACUUUCUUUAGUCUCUAAGCUUUUGAAAACUAAAAACCAAAGUUCGUCAAUUAACACAUGAUGUGGUCAAAAUAGUUUCAAAUGUAUGUGUAUAUGUGUGUGUGUGUGUGAGUGUCCGUGUGUAUAUAAAAUAUAGUGUACAUUUCUAACCAGUAAAACAUAUACGUAAUACAAUUUUUAAAACACUCAUUUGAGACGCGAAUUUGGUACUUGAAAAAAAAAAA